UCAGCUGAUUAUCGAGUGGAUUACAUCGAAUAUUCUGCAAAAUAAUACAUUUGUGUCUUCUGAAAUCAUCAAUAGUGUCAGAAACAAGCUUAGAAGAAACCCACCAUAAGCAAAACCCUAGCAGUAGGGCUUUGUCGUCAGCUUCAGUUUAGUUCCUUCUCUCAUUCUAGUGCCGUCAUCGGACAUGGCCUUCUCCGCUAUAGUUCGCCGCGCCACCUCCGCGACCGCACGAUAUUCAAUAGAGUUCUACAUCUGCCGUCAGAGUCGCCGUAGUCUCAACAAUGCUCCCUUACGUUCUCUUCUCACGGGAGAAAUCCUUUAUUGUAGAGGAGGAAGCACGCUUCCCUCCUCCUUCUUGUCCCUCGCUCGCUUCUCUUCUUUGUUGUCAAAGAAGCAGUCAGCAGAUGCCGAACUUCUUCAGAUAAUCAAGUCAGAAAUUAAGUCCGCCGAGGAAGAACGCCGAGAGACAGAAGAAGUUCCAAAAGGCUUUCCAUUUGAGAUCCAAGAUGAAGAGGGUUCAAACAUUGUAACUCUAAGAAGAGAAUACUUGGGUGAGAAAAUUGAAGCUUUUGUCUCCAUGCCCAGAAUGGAGGAACCUGUUAACACUGAGGAGGCGGGCAAUGGGGAAGCCAAUCAUCUCGGUGAUGAGAAGACCAGCCAGCCUGCUAUUCCACUGACCGUUAACAUCAGCAAAACCAAAGGACUAAAUCUGGAGUUCUCCUGCACUGCUUAUGCUGAUGAAAUUGUAAUUGACAGCUUGUCAGUUCAAAAAAAUGAUGAAUCUGAUGAUGUGCUAGCAUAUGAAGGUCCUGAUUUCAAUGAUCUUGAUGAGAACCUCCAGAAAGCAUUCCACAAAUUUCUUGAAAUAAGAGGCAUCUCUCCUUCGACCACCAACUUCUUGUAUGAAUAUAUGAUAAACAAAGAUGACAGGGAGUAUUCCCGGUGGCUGCAGAAUCUGAAGCAGUUUAUUGAGAAGUAAUGAGAAGAAGGUUCAAUGCUUGCAAGCUGACGUUUUGUCCGUAUUCCUGAACUGAAGAAAUUUUAUGAUGCUGGUGUUGUUUUCUGAGCCUUUUUCAUUCAUCUAUCUUCAGUUUUGUUACACAUGGUAAACAAGGUAUGUAUACUUAAUAUGAAGGUGAAUGCCAUCUGAUUUACACUCCUCUUUUC